UCGAUCACACAUCCCGCCAUGUCGGGAGGAGAUAAAAUAAGCUCGGCCUCUGCCUUCUGGCUUCUGGCGAGCCUGGCCUCUUCGUGCUAGACGAAACACGCUACGGCGUCUUCUCCAACCACUAUCUUUCGAUUUAUUUACAAGCAGUAUUUUCCUUUGAUUUUUCAUCGAGCACAGUUUCCAUUUCUAGGCUUGUAGCGACCAGUCGGUACAAAUUACUGCUAAAUUUGGCCUUGGCCUAUUGUUUUACUUUUACGGGCGCAACAAAUAUCAUUCAUUUCUGCUUUUUGUGUCUCUAUAAAGUUUGUCUAAAGGUGGUGUCGCCAUUGCAGCACUAGCACUGGUUCCAGCUACUCUCACGAGCAACGAGCAGCGAGCAGCGUGGUGAGGUUGACCAGGACCCCUUCCGGAUCCUGAAAUAAGGCCACCGCUCGUUUCCUCUCACCGCCCCCUCCCUUCACUCCCUCCCUGUCCCUCCCUUCCCCCUUGCAUUUAGCCUCCCGCGGUUCUGGAGCCGCGGGCCAUUCCCAACCAUCGUUGCGGUGGUGGCCGGUAUUGGCCGAGACCCAUGGGCAUCCAGGUCGCGGCGGUCGUGACCCCGCCGCCGUGCUCUUCCCCUUCCUCCUCGCCCUCGUCCACCUCUCCGGCGUCGCCUUCGUCCUCCGCCAUUGCCACGUCGCCGCGGCAUGCCGUUCUUGGCGUCAGGCUGGCGAGGAGCCAGUCGUCGCUGGCUGGCUGCAACGCCGGUCUUAUUGGCCGGCGGCGCGGCGGGCAGCACGCGAUCAGGCGCGCUCUCAGCGCGAGCAUCGACAGCGUCGGGAGCGACGGCGGGGACGAUGAGGAGUUCCUGAGGAGGAUCCAGGAGCUCGCGGCGGGGCAGCACCCGGGCGGCGCCGGCGGGUGGCCGGCGAGCGUGGAGCGGAGCGCGAGCAGCGUCGGGCUCCCGCUGUCCCUGCGGAUGCUCAAGCGGAGGAAGCAGCAGCAGCAGCAGCUGGAGCAGGGGCGGUGGGACGAGCGGCUGAUCGACUGCGCCGGCGAGUCCGCGCGCGCCGCGGUGGGGCGCGCCUUCUCCUCGAUGGUGCUCAUCAUCCGGGAGCUCCAGAGCUUCACGCUGCAGAUGCGGGAGUCGCUCCUGUACGAGGACCUGCAGGGCGUGCUGGCGCGCGUCCACGCCGAGAUGCACGCCUCCUUCGUCUGGCUCUUCCAGCACAUCUUCGCCGGCACCCCGGCGCUAAUGGUCUCCCUCAUGCUGCUCCUCGCCAACUUCACCGUCUACUCCAUGGGCGACAGCGUCGCGGCCGCUGCCACCUUCCGCCCUCCCAGCAGCGUCGUGGAGAUGGUGGACACUACCCAGCAGCCGGAGCAAUCCCAUUCGCACUCCCAGCAGCAGCGGUUCGACACCCCCGCGCUCAAGACUUUCUCCACCGGCCGCACGGCCUCGGUGGGCGGAAACGGCGACGGGGGUGGCAAGGUGCGGCCGGUUGCCGGCGCCACCGGCGACGGCCAGUCGGACGAGUCGUCGUACCGACAAAGCGGAGCGGUGGUGCCGCAGGACGUGUCGCAGUCGCAAGCAACGCCACUGGGCGCGGGCGCCGGCUCCGGCUCGGAGGCGUCCGUGUCCGAGUCCGACUCAAUGGCCGUGGAGGAGGCAGCACAACAACAGACAGUACAAGACGAGCUGGUCAUCUGGAAACGGAUCUCCGAUGAAGCCACAAGGAUGCAGGCGAGCGUGCGUGCAGAGGAGCUGAUGGACCCGGAAAUUCUAGAGCAGCUCGUCGCGCCGGUGGAGGCGCCGAAGCCAGACGUGGCCUACUCGUCGGAGCACGUGGCGACGGCUCAGAGAUACGAGCAGGCCGUGUCCGAGGAGCCCAACAGCUCGCUGCUCCUGGCUAACUUUGCGCAGUUCCUGUACCAGGUGCAGGGCGACCUCGACAGGGCGGAGCACUUCUUCAAGCGGGCGGUGCGCGCGGAGCCGGCGGACGCGGAGGCGCUGGGGCGGUACGCGGCGUUCCUGUGGCAGGCGCGCAACGACCUCGCGGCCGCGGAGGAGACGUACCAGGAGGCCAUCGCCGCCGACCCCGGCAACGCGCACCACGCGGCAGCCUACGCGCACUUCCUGUGGAACACGGGCGGUGAGGACACAUGCUACCCGCUCGACUGACCGCCGCUACUACCGUCCAGCACAGAUCAUCUCAUCGGUGCCUCCCAUAAAAAACUUGUGAAAACAAAAACAAAGAGAAAUGAUCCCUCCGCCGCUCCACUCCACUCCCUCGGCAAGAGUGCACGCUCUUCUGACGGCAUGUGGCCACCCGGGCAGCUGAGCUAGACUACAAGUGAAGCUGAAGCUGAUACACUUCGCGUUACUGAAACCGUUCGUUUGCUUUAGCCUCUAGUAGGCAUCUUCUCUUCCUGUGGUUGCUCGUUUUGGGGUAAGUAGCUAGUGUGGAGCAAUGGCCAACGGGACUGAAUCCGCGGCUCGCUGCUGCUUCCCGAUCUGGAAAACCCGGCGACUGCGAGUUGAGAAGAGGCCGGGAACGGCGGCAGCGGCCGGUUGUCUGUGGGUCCGUCCACUUGGCGUCGCAUGGAUGUUUGUAUACUGGCACUUUUGCACGGUGUCGCGAGAUUUGCGAGAUGCCACUUUGUUCAGUGGAGCAGGAAAGUAUAUAUAUCUAUACUUAUAUAUACUAGCAGCAAUUUGCUUCUUGUAACUGUGCAGAUCAAUAAACUGUAUAAGAAGCCCUCCAUUUUUUCACUCAAGUGGCAGUAUGCUUGUAGGACCAAAUGUCCACUUCCUUUCGUGAAAAAAGAUGAACAGUGAGGCACCGAUGACAAGUGAGUACAUUA